AGAACAUUGGGGCAAAUCCAUUGCAGAUACAGAAGGACAUUUGAUAUGGACAAUUCACACCCACAAACAAGAGCUGCGUGAUUUCAAUCAACAUAACACGCCCUCCUACGUGCAUUGUCUUGCUUAGUGGACAAAAUAUAUCACUCAUGUCUAUUGCAGCAACUUCCUAUCCCCUCCUUUCAACCAGACAGUUGCAAUGCUGUAGAAUAAAAUCUACCACUUACACUCCAUCACACUUUUCAGUCAACGGUUUCCAAUCUUUUUCCUCUGUAGGAAUUCAGCACCAUGGCAGAUGUUGUGUGAGGACCAAAGCAGGUGGGUCACAGGAGGGACCUCAAGAGACCUUUUACACUAAGGCAGAGGACCCUGUUACAACCACCAACCAGGCCGGUAACAGCAGCAAAAGUAUCUUGUCUUUCCUCUGUCCAUUGCUUAAACUUGUCGGGGCUAAAGACCCAUCCUUACCUCGUAGUGAUACUUUUGAGGUGGUAACCUCUGGUUUGGCAAGUAUUUCAAGACUUCCAUGGGGUUCACAAGCUAUACCUGAUGUUGCAAUUGUGAGGGAGGAAAGAGGGCAGCCAAUGAGGUUAUUGCAGUUGUAUGAAUUUGAGGCAUGCCCCUUUUGCAGGCGAGUGAGAGAGGCUUUGACUGAAUUAGAUCUUCCUGCAGAAGUCUACCCUUGUCCCAAAGGCUCUUUGAUGCAUCGGGACCUGGUCAGAAGUUCUGGUGGCAAGGAACAGUUCCCAUAUCUUGUGGAUCCAAAUACGGGUGUUUCUCUUUAUGAAAGUGGUGACAUAGUGAAAUACUUAUUCCAACAAUAUGGUGAAGGUAGAGGCCCCUCUCUAGGUCUCUUAGAAAGCACUUUGUUUACUGGAUGGAUUCCCACCAUCAUUCGAGCUGGUCGAGGGAUGACAUUAUGGGAAAGGGCCAAACCAGAAAUUGCUGCAAAGAGAUUGGAACUCUUUUCUUAUGAAAACAACCAGAACUCAAGGUUAGUUCGAGAGGCCCUUUGUGAAUUGGAGUUGCCAUACAUUCUUCAUAAUGUGGGAAAAGGUUCUUCAAGAACCCAAAUUUUGUUACAGCUUGCAGGUUCAGACAAGGUACCAUACCUAAUAGAUCCCAACACAGGUCUUAGUUUCGGCAAUCACAAAGAAAUUAUAUCAUACUUAUUUCAGACAUAUAGCCGUAUAUGAUGGCAGUUUUGUACUUUUCCCUCCAUCAAAUGUAAUUAAUGCAUGCAAUGCUUGCCAAAGAGCCUUAAGAGUUAAGAGGCAUUGAUAUCCAUAACUGUAAACAAAAACACAUGCUCCAGGAUUUUAUUUAUUUGUAAGAAGAAAAUCAUAUCAAUGAUGGGCGCGGGGGGGACGGGGGCGGGGGUUGAUAUGUAUCCAUACAAUCUCAGAAUCAGGGAUGAGAAAUUAUUAAAAAAAAACAAUCA